CCAUUUCCGCGUCCCGUGGUUAGAAGCCAUCACUGCCAUCGUUUCGCACUCAGUUGCCUUCGUGUUCUUCUGCAAAAAUCUGUUACGGCAAUCGCGGAUUCUGUGACGACAAUGUGCAAUAUCUUUCUGUGAGAAAUACCUAGUCUUGUUUUACGUGCCUGUCGUAGUUUGUCGUGAGUUACGUUGAUCGCGGACAAAAUGGAUUUUAGCGAAUUGCUGGCUGUCGCGCAAGAGAACAAAGGUAAAAGCCAGUCCGCACCGUGUUAUCAGACCAAAUUCGCACCGCCCAAGAAAGAGGCGAAGCAGAAAGUUCUUUCCGCCAAUAUCAAAAAGUUUAUAGCGAGAAGAGAAGAGGAGGAGAAACAAAAGCAGUUGGAAGAGAAACGAAAGAAGGAGAAUCUCUUAUCUUUGCGAGAUCACAAAGCUCAAAGUCGAAUAAGUAAGCACUUGAAGGUGUGCAAAGCAGCCAACAAGGCAGUGAUCGCAGAUGCCAUCGAUACCGAAAAUACAGCCAUUACCAUUGCAGGUCCUUCUCAACCUGAUGAAGAUGACUACGGAUACGAAUCGCAGUCGUCUCUUUUGUAUUACCAGCAGUUAAUGAACAAAUAUAAUAGUCAACCUCCAGAGAAAUCUAUUUUUAAUAAUAACAAUGAAAAAAGAACAAUAAAGGAUAUUGCAUCUACAAAGGAUAGAGUGAAACAAGCUUUAAAACAGCAGGAGCUCGAGGAAACCAGCGGAGAGAGACGGAAAAGAAAAUCAUCGUCCAGUGCGAAUGUAAAAGAGGUUGAGAAUGAAAAAACGGAAAAAAGUGUUGAGAAGAGCAAAGAAGAAAUAAAAGAUGAAAAUCCUAAAGUGAAGAAAAAAGCCGCGCCGCCAACUUUGUCCUUCUCAGAACUUUUGAAAAUCGCGGAGAAGAAACAGCACGAGCCUGUAAUGGUGGAGGUUAAACCGAAAGUCGAAGAGGAACGGCCGAUGACGAAGCGCCAAAAGAAAGAAUACAUACAGGAAAAGGAGAGGAGGGAGCAGAAGGAGAAGAGGGAGAAAAGGGAGUUGGAAGCGAAUAGAUCGAGCGCUACGAGCGCAUCUAGCACGCCCAACAAACCACAAGUGAACAAAUCUCUUAAACCCACUGAAAAAUCCGUAAUCUCAAAUUCAAUUUUGAAAAAAAGUUUGUCCACGAUGGGACCGGCUGUCUCGAAGAAGUCCAGUGAGCAUAGCGCGGAAAAAUUGAGUAAAUCCACAAUCGAGAAUGAAUUGUUGGAGGAACGGAAGAAGUUGGAAGCUGAGAAGAAACAACUUGAAGAGAUGCGACGCUUUAUCGAGGAGGAGAAAAGAAAAUUGGAGCAAAAUAAAAGCAAACAGGAAGAUGUGAGAUCCUCUAAUAAUAAGAUACCGGUCAAAUCCAAACCUGCGGACAAGCCCACGCUUAAAAAUGGUAAACCAUCACGGCAACUUCCGCCUGCGGAUUUGAAGCCGCCGUUAGCUAACGUCAAACCGAAACAAUUCCCACCGGCCGAUCUCAGGUCUGCGAAAUCGAAGCCGCUUGUUAAAAAGCCGCCUGUAUCCAUUAAACGACGGAUUUAUGAUGAAGACGAAGAAGACUCGGACUUGGACGGUUUCAUCGUCAAAGAACCGGAUGAGGAUAUAUGCAGGGAACAUGUUAGCAAGUUUAUUAGUGAAAUAUUCAACUAUGACAAAUCCCACUAUGAUGACGAACAAGAAGAAGAUGACGUUGCUAUGGAGAGUAAUUUUGAGCAACAGAUGAAAGAAGAAUUCACAUCUGCCAAAUUUGGAUACAUGGAAGAUCUAGCAGACAUAGAAAUGGAAAAGCAGAGAAAGGCUUUGAUAAAGAAGAGAAAAGCUUUGAUAAAGAAGAUGAAAAAAUAAUGUACAUAAUGUUUUAUAUGUAAAAUACAAUCGACUCCUUUAUAACAAGGGAAAUCGUGCGUUCUGUAUUAUAACUCUCUUUUACACAAUCGGUUUUUCGUGUCAAAACAAGACGUCUUUGCUAACAAAGACGAGAACCAACUUCGGCAAUAGCAAGACGCAAGCCAGUUACUAUUCCAAUUAUACAUAUUUAACUUCACGCCGCACUGGAGUUCAUUGUAUUCGCUGUAGACGUACAGCAUGUGUAUUUAUACAUAUUUAUAUGUGUUAAUGUUUUAACUUUUUGAUAUAUAUUAUUGAACAUUAUACAAAU